AAGAUAAAAAUUCUUCUCUCACUCUUUUUCUUUCUCUCUCUCUUACUUACUCGCGCGCACACACACACUCUCUCUCAUCCGAAGGAAUCGAAAGCCCUCUCUCUCUCUAGGGUUUCUGCGUCGUUCGCAGUCAAAUUAUGCUCGCGAGGUAGGGAAUCGGAGCUCGGAGCUGCGCCACGUGGCUUCUGCGUCGAAUGCGCUACCCUUGGAUGUGGAUUCUUCGCGGAGCCGCUCCGAAUCGGCGAGGAGGUGGGAGGGGAUCGUGGGUGGUGGUCCGCAGGAAACACUAUUUAAUCUGUGCUUCUUGCUGGUUGCUUGUACUGUGAGGAUGUGCAUGCAUAGAUUUGGAGAAUCAUUUGCAAGGUGGUUCUAAUACUGUCACUGAGUUCAUGGGGUCAUAUAUUCACAUUGAUUCAAUCUCUAUCGAUCUUGCCGAUUCUGUUGGCAAGAGAGAUGCAGGCAAAUGUGAACAUUUCUCAAUACGUGGAUAUGUGUCUGAAAUGCGCAGAAAAGACUGGAAAAAUUGUUGGCCAUUUCCAGAACAUGAGUCUGACAAACAACCAACAUUUCUGCCAUUAGAUGUACCAAAAUAUAGAUGUCUGCAUUGUCAGAACUCUGCACAAGAAGUUGCUGCCAAGGACAUCCAGAGAGACGACCAAGCAGACUUUGAUUGUUGCAGUACUGGAUGCAGAUCUGGUAGCAAUUGCAAUAACGCAGCUCUUAAGUCUGGUAUUCAGCAAGAUCCAAUGCUUGACACUCUUGAGAGAAGAGAAAUUGAUCUUAAUGCUACCCUGAGCUGUGUCAAUGAUUGCUUACCAAAUAAUGAGAAAGGCAAGAAAGCUGGAGUCGUACCUAGCAGAAUAAUUGACCUUGAGAUUGGCUUGGAGGAUAAUCUCAAUCACCAAGUAACUAGUGUUCCAUCACCUAAAAAUUAUCCAGACCUCGCACCAGAAGUGCACACUAUUAAGAAAGGUGAAGGUAAUGAAGUUUCUUUUCCUGAGCUUGCUAGCAAUUUGAAAUGCUUGGGGAAGAAUUCUGCUGAGAUGUGUAACGGAGGAACACCUGCAGAUAACCAAUGCCAGAAAGAUUUAAUAAAAGCUUGCACAGUUUGGGGGAAAGUCACAACAGUAAUAGAGGUGGACAAUACAGACAAUCACCCAACUGGACCUCCUCUUGAAUCAGUUGCUUGUAAUAAUGCUGCACCUGCAGGAAGUGUGGACAAUACGGUUGAAAAUGAUUUUCAGGAUCAUCAUUCAGAAAAGUCACUUGGUUUGACUCGUAGGAGGCCUCGGAAGGUGCGCUUGAUGGCUGACUUAUUAAGUGACAAUGGUGAACUGAAGACUGAGCAAAUUUCUAUGCAAGAAUCUGUAUCCCAUGGUACUUCCAAUGCCUCUGCAGCUUUGCAGGCACACUCAAUUUUGCCAGGAAAGGUGGAUAUUCAAGGAUGUUUGACUUUGACAAGCACAGGUCUUAGUAGAAAAAGGAAGUUUCCUCUGGAUGAGGUACGGAGACCUGCAAGCAUGUGUUUUCAGAGGGUCGAGAAUGGAGUUCAGAACUCAGAGGGAGAUGAAAAAACAACUGAUACUGUUUUGGAUACUAGAUCCAAUUCCAAAGAUGUACCCGCGGGAUUAGGUUUACAAGAUGCCGCAAAGGGACAAUGGAGUAGAACUGAAACCGAAAGAAGCCAUAUCAUUGGCAAGAAGAAAAACAAAAGGAUUCAAGUUGUAGAUAAUUGCUUGAUUCCUGAGCAACCACAAGGACAUCGAAGAGACAAUGAAGACCCCGUGGAUACUCUAGACAAGGCAUAUACAUCUAAAACUAAUUCUUCUAGAUUAGCUCCUCGUGCAUUCACAGGGAAAGGGAUGGAUAAUUUUCCUAUCCCCCCCCUAAGAAUAGAAAAUGAGUUCAAUUUGUCCAAAGAAAAGGGGAAAAUGCUGCAAACUGAUGGGGAGAUGGAUUCUUUAUCCUGGCAGAAAAAUAGCAUGCUUGUACAAGAUUCCUGUGCAUAUUCAGGGGAAAAAGCCUGGUCUAAUAUGCCUGUAACAAUUCCAAUUCCUUCAGCCCAAGGGGCGCUAAAAGGAAAAGGACUGGAAGAGGGACUUCAUCUUUCUCUAAACAAUUAUUUGGUGGAUGCACAUGUUUACAACAAAAAAUGUAUCCAUCAAAUUGAAAAUCACUUACCUUUCUCAAUGCCUUUUGAAGAUAAAACUUCAAAAGUACCACAGCUUACUUGGAAGGACAGUGACACUAAUGUUUUUGGAGGGCAAAAUAUUCCUUCCAAAAACCCAACAGCAAAUGCUCAUUCUGGAAAAGUAGUUCAUUGUGAAGAAAUUAAUGGUGCAAGAAACGCACAAAAAACUGCUGAAGCUGUGGACCAACUAGGUUUUAAGAAAAGAUACAGUGAACAAAAAGUGGAGGUGUCUGAGCAGGGAACACUUGAUGAUAUACCUAUGGAAAUUGUGGAACUCUUGGCGAAGAAUCAGUAUGAGAGGUGUCUUCCUGAUGUAGAAAAUAGAAAUUCCACAUUAGAAAAACCCAGUCUUGGAAGGAAAGCACAGAUGACAGGUGGCUCUACUGUACACAGAAAAGGGGGGAUGAGCUUGUUAAAAGACAACCAAAAGGAGAAACCUCAGGGUAGACAUAAGAAAAACAACAUGGUCACAAGAGCAGAGAAUGUGAAACCUAGCAAAAGAAAGACAGUUAAUUAUUUUUCUCCAUUUGAUGGAAACAAUUUGGGCAUGAAUAGUAUCUGUCCACCUCAAUCCCCCUUUGGAAUUGAAGUUUCCCAGUCCCAAAGGAAGCCAUCAAGUGGAUUCCAGUUUUCACCUAUUGGUUCUAGUCAGCUUGGUAGUGCUCGAAGUUUCAGGUUGAACGGGGCUUAUGAAGAGCGUGGAUCUCCUAAUGCUACUUAUCAAGCCCCUGGAGGAUGUAGCUUACACAAGAAUAUCCUACAUCAGGAUGAAGAAGCUUCUCGCAUCUGGGCAUCCCUGAGUUCAAAUUCCCAAGGACAUGAUUUUCCCAAAAAGGUUGUUUCUUCUCAGCAUCCUAGUAGUAGCAUGGACAUAACUUCACACCAAUCUGGUGCAUUUCAAAAGCAAAACAUGAAGAGGGAUAUUGAUCUAAACUACAUGAAUCUGAAUGCUGCUGGACUAGAAAAGCUUAGUAGGAAUACAGGUUCUGAAACCUUCAACAGGAUGAAUGGAGAAUAUUCAUUUCCUUGCAAACAUAGUGGAAUGGAGCCUCAUCAAAAUUUGAGGGGAUCUCUUGAUUUGUAUUCUAAUGAAACAAUACCAGCCAUGCAUUUACUAAGCCUUAUGGAUGCAGGCAUGCAGUCCCGUACAGCCUUUGAUGUGGGUGUCAGUUCUCAGAUGCUUAAAAGGCCCUCUUAUCCAGGUGAUUGCAAUACUAAGUUGGAGAUUGGUACAACUAAGACUCCUGGUACCCUGAAAAGACCAUCAUCUGAUUAUUACAGCAGAAGCUUCUUAUCAGAUAAGCAUGGCUGUUUUGCUGGCUCUCCAACCUUUGGUGCAUCUUCAUCAACACCGCAUGAUAAGAAAUUAAUAAGGGCUACUGGUUUCAACGGUCAAAAUCCAACAAAGUCUGGAAAGAAAGAAAAGAUGAAGAGCUCCAACUCUACCCUGCAGAAUAAAGUUAGUAAGCAAAUUAGCUGGCCUCGUAAUGAAACCGAAACGUCACUGCAGUGCAAAUUGGAAGUUAAUGGCAAUCAUGAAACCCCUGUGCCAUAUAAAAUCAUCUCUGGAAACACAUGUAUGGUGAACAGGAAUCCAGCUGAUCUCACCAUACCAGAAACAGGGAAUAUCUAUAUGAUCAGAGGAGAAGAUCUGAAAUUCGAGAAGAGUUUUCCCAAAAACAAGCCUCGUUUCCCCAUUCCAUAUGGAUCCAAGCAGCAGAAGAAUUUGAAGGGAACUAAAAUGAAAGAACAUUCAAAACAUUGAAACCCGGCAUUAUUCCAUAAACUGGUGAAGUCUUCACAUGGAACUUGAGAAUGGAAGGUGACUUUCAUUCUCAGCGUAGAAACAAACUUUUGACUUGGAAACUGAAAUUUGUUGACUCGGGGAAGGGUUGAUCGGAUGUCAUUUCGAAAACCGAGUGAUACAUAAAUCAGUCACAGAAGGCCAUCGUGCAUUUAUUUAAUGAAUCUGUUGUAAUUAGUAUUAAUGUGAGCAAGAAAAAUGUUGUUCGUCUAUCAUGUUGGUGUCGUAAAAUUUAUGGGGAAGCAUCGCGAUAGCUCCUUAAAGUAUCAUCAGUUUGUUUCAUAAAAGUUUACGGGGAAGUCUCAAAAUAGCCCCGUAUAGACUUACUAUAAUACUACUGUGGUUACAAUUCAUACAAGUGCCAAAACCAAGGUGAAAAAUAUAGUUUGUGGCUUAGAUGUGAGUUCCUCCCGACAAAACAAAAAAUUAGAUAUUGACAUUUUAUAUUCCUCGCUUAGCUCGCUUCCCAUUUC